ACACGUUAAGCGAUCAAGAAUAAAAGAGGCGGUCUACCUCAACACACACACACACAAGGCUUCGCCGCUCCUCCGCCUCGCUCACCGCCAUGCCCUCCCCUUCCUGGCCGUCGCUCUCCUCCAGGCCUACCAGGCGCCCUUCCCCGGCAUCUAACCAUGGCGGCGUCCAUAACAACCUUGUCCCCAGCAUCACCAUCUGCCCCUCCUGCAAGAACUCCCCCUCCGCCGCCACCGUUGACCUCCUCAUCCUCGUCCUCGUCCUCUGCUCCUGCGCCUUCCUCAUCGCCUCCUCCCUCGCUCACCUCGCCCGCGCCGCCGCUCUCCUCCUCCCUGUCUCCCCCGUCCCCGCUCCCUUCCGCGACGCCCCCUACCCCUACCUCGCCGGCCUUCUCCUCUUCUUCCUCGCCGCCUCCCUCGCCGCUGCCCAACUUUCCUGCCGCCUCCCCUCCCUCCUCCCGUGGUCCCGCCGCCGCCGCUGCGGCAACCCUCGCUGCCGCGGCCUCAAGAAGGCCCUCGAGUUCGACGUCCAGCUUCAGACCGAGGAGUGUAUCCGAUCGCCUGACUCUUCGCAAUCCGCCGCCUGGAAGGAGAUCGACGAUCUCCCCUGGAAGGGCGGGCAGCAGGGGAAUAAUCCCGACUAUGAGUGCCUCCGGGUUGAGCUCAGGAGGAUGGCGCCGCCCAACGGUCGCGCCGUGUUGCUCUUCCGCGCCCGAUGCGGAUGCCCUGUGGCGAGGCUCGAGGCCUGGGGGCCCAAGCGGGGCCGCCGCCACAAGAGGGAUUUGAAUCUCAAAUCAUAUUGCCCGGUACAGGCGGUACAUAUUAGUCCGUCAACUGAUCGACACGUGGACCGCCCACUACCGGGCAGUAUCAAUUGGCGGACAAGACAAAGAGCACGAUGGUGAGGAAGAUGAGGCUGCGACGCUCGUUGGACAGAGAAGGCAUGACGGAGAAGAGAGUUGGACGUGGCGGGACACGAAGAAGCGCUCCGUCGAGCGGAACACGAUAGGGGGAGGGUCCUCGCUUCGUCGGGCAGAGCACUGUAGGGGGUGAGUCCUUGCUCUGUUGGGCGAAACACGGUAGGAGGCGGAGGGAUCGUGGCCGCUGUGGUCAAGGAGGUCGCGGUCAACUACGAAGGAAGGGAUCCUGGCCUAGGUUGGACUGCUGCUUCCCCUUCUCGCUCUCGCCGUCAUCUUGGUCUUCUUCCUUACAAUCGCUGAGGGCGGUAGUGGCGGGGGAGUGAGAGAUGAGCUCGCCCUGGGUUGGAUCCUCACUAGAUCCGACUGUUGCGGGAGCAUUGCGGAGUGCCUCGCGGGGGAUGAGUUCGAGUUGGGGACGACAACGACUCGUCGCAUCCUCACCCGCUUUGUCAUCACCCCCUUUCUGUCUCUCGAGAUGAAAAGGGGGUGACGGUUUCUUCUUCUUUUAAGAAGAAACUAUCCUCGCCCGUAUGCAAGAGGGUUUCUUCUUAAAAGAAGCGUUUACCGUUCGGUAUACCCUAGUGUAUUGCUCAGUAUGUUGUAUCGAACAAAGCUCGGUACAUCGGUACGGUGCGAAAUUAGAAACCUCAGAUAGAACAUUUUGAAAUGCUAGAUAUAGCAUGUUUUUGUAUCAUUUUGAAAGAUCUUUUCUUGUUUGUAAUCCUAACACAACCCUUUUUUUGUGUCUGGU